CCGCAAGCAGGAAGAUGCAAGGAGAGUAGUGGAGUCAACUUUCCAGCAUUAUGGCAGGAUUGACAUUCUUGUAAAUGCUGCAGCUGGGAAUUUUCUUGCUUCCGCAGAGGAUCUAUCAUCUAAUGGAUUUCGAACAGGAAGGCUAUUAGGUGUAGGUGGGUUUAAAAAACAAAGUACAAGGCUAUGGCACUAUAGAGAGGAAGAAGGCUAGACUUGUCAUACAAGGCUGCAAUCAAAAGAAGGGAGUUGAAUACACUCAAACAUAUGCACCAGUGGCCAAAGUGAGCACUCUUGGCUGUGGCAGCAAUGAACAAGUGGCACACUUGUCAAAUGGAUGUGCAAAAUGCUUUUUUGAUUGGAGAUUUGCAGGAAUAAAUUUAUAUGCACAUUCCACUUGGCUAUAAUGUCCCUGAAAGUUGUUCAAGAUGGAGGGAGCAAGAAAUUUCAGUGUGUAAACUGAAGAAAGCAUUGUAUGGGCACAAACAGGCCCCUAGACAAUGGUUUGCAAAGCUUUCAAGUGCUUUGAUCUCAUUUGGGUUUGUGCAAUCUCAUGCUGAUCACUCUUUGUUCAUUCAAGAGAAGAAUGACAACUUCACAGCCAUCUUAAUCUAUGUAGAUGACCUGAUUAUAACUGGCAACAAUAGUCAUGACAUAGAACAACUUAAGCACUUAUUAAGUUCCACCUUUCAUAUGAAAGAUCUUGGCAGUCUGAGCUACUUUCUAGGUAUGGAGUUUACCACAUCCUCUCAAGGUAUCUUCAUAUCACAAAGGAAGUAUGCCCUUGAUUUAUUGAAAGAAUAUGGUGUUGAUAAACAGAAACCUCUCAGACUUUCCUUGGACCCUCAUCUGGAAAUGGAACCAAAAAAAGGGACUCCUCUCCCAGAACAAUACAGAAGACUGGUGGGGCAGCUGAUAUACCUGACCAUAUCUAGGCCAGAUAUCACAUUCUCCGUGCUUAGUGAAUUUAUGCAAGCACCCGCCUCAGUUUACAUGCAAGCAGCAAGAAGGGUUCUGCUAACUGCUUACUGUGACUCAGAUUGGGCUUCAUGUCCAUACUCUAGAUUAUCCACCACAGGCUAUUGUAUUUUGCUUGGUACUUCACCCAUUUCCUGGAAGAGCAACAAGCAAUGUGUUGUGGCAAGGCAUCAACAGAUACUGAUUACAAAGCCAUGGCUCUCACAAUGUGUUGUGGCAAGGCAUCAACAGAUACAGAUUACAAAGCCAUGGCUCUCACAACAUGUGAAAUGACUUGGCUAAUGUCACUGCUUAAAGACCUAGGCCUCAAGAAAAUUAAUGCUGCUGCACUUAAGUGUGAUAACCAAGCUGCUCUUUCUAUUGCUGCUAAUCGUGUGUACCAUGAAAGAACCAAGCACAUUGAAGUGGACUGUUACUUCAUUAGAGAGAAGGUCAAUCAAGGGAUCAUUCGGACCUCCUAUGUUCCUUCUAAGGACCAGCUAGCGGUGUUCUAACCAAGGGGCUACCAGUUCAUCAACAUCCAAGACUUCUCAGCAAGACGGGAGUGAAGAACAUCUCACUCACAUCUUGAGAGGGAGUGUAAAUGAAUAUUAUUGUAGUAGCUUACUUAACAUGUGACUUGCACAUGUUUACUUUUACCUAGGUGUCAUGUCCUACAUUGGAUCAUGUGUGUAUCAACCUAGGGAUUGUGACUCAUCUAUUUGUCUCCUAGUUUAUAAAGGAGCUAAGGCUGGGUUUGUAAGAUAUACACAAAACUACUACAAUAUGAACAGGAGGAGCCGCCAUUUGAGCUAACUACCUACUCCUAUAUUCUUCU